AUGAACGUUCUGCUCUCGCCACAACCUCCUGUCUUUCCUCACCACCACGAAAACCCUCGCCUCUCUCCUCAGCGAUCCCUGUCUCCCUUUCACAACAUGACUUCCCGCAAGCGAAAAGCCGACGAGGAUGGCGAUGAGACUAUGUCGCCCCGAAGCUCUCCUACCAUUUCUGCUCGAGCUCUUGCUCGUCCGGCCAAGAAAUCCCGCUCUAACGAAGUUAUUGGCCGACCUCUCGCUCUUCCCCGACUUCUCGAGACCCUCGAUACUUCUCAGUUGAGAACUGUACUGGAGCGGAUAUGCGAAAGACAUCCUGCUAUUGGUCACGAGGUUGUUACUCAAGCUCCUCGCCCAUCAGUCUCGUCGGCCCUCGAAGUUCUGGAAGGUUAUGAGGAGAAGCUGAAGAGUGCCAUUCCUUACGGCGAGACCAGCCCCGAAUAUACCUACUACCGAAUUAAGGAACCGCUGGUCGCACUGAUUGACGCACUAUCUGAUUUCACCCCCCAGUUCCUUCCGCCCAAUGAAACUCAACCCACCAAAUCUUUCGAGUUUCUGGACAAGGCCACAGACAUCAUCCACAGACUUCCUAACUGGGAGCCUCAGGCAUAUCGACAUCACAAGGAAUCUGCGUAUGAGGAGAUAUCUAAGGCAUGGGCACUUGUCAUCAACGAAGUAGGCAAACGGGCGAGUGGUCUCAAUCUACACACUCAAGGAUGGGAUCAAGUCCUGUCUCGACACAAUGAACAAUCCGGCGGACGUCUUUCUUCUGCGAUCAACACAAUGUCGACAAGCGUUAGCUGGAUGGGCUCGAACACCAACUCGGCCUCCGGCGGUUCAUCGGACUCUAAUUCUAUCCUGAACCAGCUAAUGUCUGGUACAUACGGAGCCCCUGUCAGAGUUGGACCUUGGUAG